UCCAAGAUGGCUGCGCCCAUGAAGUUGACACGAAUGUAAACAAACUGAUGAAUUUACCAUUUUCUUAUGUUAGUGUCAAUAUGAAUGAGCUUUCAAAAAGCUCUGUGUGAAGAACAGAUAUGAGAGAGUGUGGGAAAGUUCAUAAAUCUAUGAUACUUGUAUAUUUACAAUGUUAUUUUGUCACGAUUGCUACAAUUCUAGGGACAGGAAUCCUAGGACUACCUGUUACUCUGACACAUUCCGGACUAUAUCCGUUUCUUAUUUCAUUUAUUUUGGGAGCCCUUGUACAGGGCUUGCUGAUAUAUUUUUUCACAGAUCUGUUGCAGAGGGCUCAUGCAAUACAAGUAAAGUCACAUGGGGAAGAUGUUCAUCCAUUAAAUGAGGAGACAGAGUUUCUGAUGGAUGAUGACUGGGAUGAUACUGCUGAUGAAUCUAGUGGUCCAGUUUUAGCAGGUCAUGUGAUUAUACCAAAAGAUGUCACAAUACAGCCACCUAAUUUGCAUUUAUUGGGGAACCUGUUUCUGGGGUGUGGCGUGCGACAGUUCUUCGACAUUAUUCUAGUCUUACAAUUUAUGGCGUUAUUAGUGAGCUAUGCCUUAGCUGGUAGUGAAGCAUACGGCUCUCUGAUUGGUAUAGACUAUAGGUAUAUUAUACCAGUGUUUGUAUGGGUGCUGACAUUUUCUAUAAUAUUUGCCUUACAACUGAUACAACCUGUCGUCUCCAUUCUGACAUUCUUUAAGGGGAGCUUACUUUUAGGAACUGUGAUAGUAACAUUUUAUGUCGGAGCUUCAAUACAUAGAGAAAUACACGAUGACUUUUCAUAUUUCGGUGCUCCCUUCCUUAUGGGAACUGUUGCAUUAGGAGGUGUGGUGAAUGUCAUGCCAAUGUUAUAUAGUAAAAUUAGUCCAUAUAAACAUCAGAUACAAAACUUCCGGUUUGCUAUUUUACUAGGACUGUUUACUUGUACAGCUUUAAACAUUGGCUGGAGUUGGGCAGUGCUGGACAUUGUUCCACAGUUACAGAACUACAAGUGUAACCAUGACAACCGGACUGAUGUUUGUCAUAAUGAUAUCUCCUUAGAAAGUGCAGCAUUAAAAGGUGAAAUCUCAACAAUACCUCUAACUACUGUGAUAAAUCAGCAUUACCCAACGUUUAAAUGGGUCGCCAUGUUGGUGGAGUUAUUUAUAGUAGUCAGUAUUACAGUCUCGUAUCUUACAAUAGGAGCAGUGCUCCACCAUACGUUAAAUGGUUGGGUAAAUUCUUUCUGGACCAAGGAUUCCAUGGCAACAUAUAGAGAUAAACUGAAAUCUCCCAAAAAGUGUUCAUGUUGCACUUCACAGUGCAUGUGUAAUACAUUGCUAUCAUUCCUGGUGUUUGGUAUUGUGUUCUUCAUAGCAAUGAUGGACCCCCAGGGGUUUCUGGACAUGCUGGAGAAAUUUGCAUCACUUACAAUUAACCUGGAGGUGGCUCUCUUCAUAUUUCUUAUGUUGAUGAAGUCACACAAUAAGGAGAAUAGAAAUCUAAAGAUUCCGUUACCAAUGCCCCCAUUUAUGUAUUACCUAGUGUACCUAAUACCUGUAUAUUUUGGUUUCGCCGUGGGUUACGACAUCUACAACACUAUACGAGACAUUGUUAUAGAGCAGACGGGGUCGUCACAGGGCAAGGUCAUCACCCAGGGGAUCACCGGCAUCGCUAAAAACAUCACAGCUGUCGUGAAUAAUUCUACGCAAAAUAUUCUCUACAAUUCAACCGUGUCAUCUUUAAUUGAGACAAUGUCUCAAACUUUGGUCAACAAUAAAAUUGCUCAAAACGUUCCAACUACAGUGCCUUAAUAUAUUGUAUGCAUUUUAUCGUCAAUUUUU